AUGUCAAUUGUCAUUUUUACAAAGUCAAAUGUAGCCCUGGUUGUGUAACUCUGAAGACCGAUUAAAAUUUAAUAUUUCGGCGUUAUAGUCUAUUAACAAUGUCUACAAUGUCUUCGUUGUUGACAUAUAAAUAUUACGACACUCCUGAGGGGCAGGACAUUUUUAAGAAAACAAUUGCAACAUCCAAAAAUGCUGUCUUAGCUACUAUCCCACUAGCUACCUUUGACGUGCUGUUGUAUUCUCAUCCCAAGGGCUUCUUCAACACGGCUUUACGUUAUGGAUCCUACUUCGGCACAGCCGUAGGGAUGGCAACGGCUUUUACCCUUACUACCAAUAUUGCCCAGAACGUUCGAGGCAAAAACGACAGAUUAAACUACUUCAUGGGUGGUGCAGCAGCUGGUAUGGUGUUCUCAGCAUUGCGCAAAAUACCUCUGUUAACUUUACCGAUGAGCAUAGUCCUGGGAUGUGCAGCGGUAACAAAGAAAGAGGGUAUCGAUGCAGGCUACAUUUUCUUCCCUAAAAUUCAGAUGGCAACCAAAAACGCCUGGUCAGCAAGGAACGAUUGGACUAUCGCCAAGGAUAUCGAAGAAUUGAAAACAUGGACAACUGGUUCCAACUAGAUUUCGCGUGAAAGAAAAUUGAAAUGGAAGUAGUGUAAAUAAAAAUCAAUAUUAUUUAAGGGUAAUAAAUCAUAAUUACAGAA